GCCGGUGGAUCCCUCCCCCUCGUCCCUCCGCAGAGUUGCCCGGAGUUGGUACCACCAGUGCACGUGGCGGUGCCGGUCCCCGGCCGGGCCGUGCCCCGGUGCCUCCCGCCGCUGCUGAAGUGCUGGAUAGCUACUGCUGCUGACCCUGCCUGCUGCUGCCCAAGGAGAUGAUAGAGAGUGAUAUCCCGGCCAUAAUGUCAGGAAUCAUUAGGAACUCAGGGCAAAACCACCACCCUUCCCAGGAAUACAGGCUCUUGGCUUCCGACCCAUCCCAGCUGAGCGAGGAUGAGCUCCCUGGGGACCUGCAGUCCCUGUCCUGGCUGACGUCCGUGGAUGUGCCCAGGUUACAGCAGAUGGCCAGUGGGAGGAUGGAUUUCAGCCUUGGGGCCCAGAAUGCCAUGCUCCAGCAGCCAGGUCCUGUGACAAACACCCUGCAUUCAACAGGAGCUCCUGGAGCAAUGAUCCAUGUCCAGGCCAGCCUUCCCCAGGGAAUCCUGGGCCUCAAUUCUAUUUCAACACAUGGAGCAAAUCAGAUGAGCCCCUAUGCCGUGGGUGGGCAACUGUCUCCUGGUUUACAAACACAGCAACAACUCUUUCCUCCUCCUCCUCCUCCUCCUCCUCCUCCUCACUCCCAGCAGGUGUUUGCCCUGGCCCAGAACACCCAACAGUGUAACCCAGCAGGAAUCUACAACACAUCCUACGGGACACAGCCACACUAUUCCCAGCCCCGCCUGGCUCCUCACUCUGCCCAGGAACUGCAUCCAAAGCAUUAUCCCAAGCCCAUCUAUUCGUACAGCUGUUUGAUCGCGAUGGCUCUGAAGAACAGCAAGACCGGGAGCCUCCCCGUGAGUGAGAUCUACAGCUUCAUGAAGGAGCACUUCCCCUACUUCAAGACAGCCCCGGAUGGCUGGAAGAACUCCGUGCGCCACAACCUGUCCCUGAACAAGUGCUUUGAGAAGGUGGAGAACAAGCUGAGCGGCACCUCCCGCAAAGGGUGUCUGUGGGCCCUCAACCCCGCCAAGAUCGACAAGAUGGAGGAGGAGAUGCAGAAGUGGAAGAGGAAGGACUUGGCUGCCAUUCACAGGAGCAUGGCCAACCCAGAGGAGCUGGACAAGCUGAUCACCGACAGACCCGAGAGCUGCAGGCGGCCCAGCAAACAGGCAGAGCCCGAGGUGACCCCCCUGAGCCACAUGGCCACGGCCCAGGGCCGGAUCCCCGUGUCCCAGCUCCAGCCUCAGCCCAUCAUGACGCUGUCCCUGCAGUCCCUGCCCCUGCACCACCAGCUCCAGACCCAGGCUCGCAUUGCCCCAAACUCUCCUGCCCCGGCGCAGACGCCUCCCCUGCACACCCUGCCCGACAUGAGCCACAGCCCCCUGCCCCACCACCCCCUGGGACGGGCCCCUCCGGAAUUCCCCAACGUGCCGGCUGACAUGAGCACGGAGGUGGAUGCCCUGGAUCCCAGCAUCAUGGACUUUGCACUGCAAGGUAACAUCUGGGAGGAGAUGAAGGAUGAGAGCUUCAGCCUGGACACCCUGGGUGCCUUCAGCACAUCCCCUCUGCACCUCUCCGACUGCGACCUGGGCACCCCCGGCCUCACGCCUGUGUCCAGCAGCAGCGACCGCUCCUUCCCAGACCUGCAGGUCACCGGCCUCUACACCACCUACACCACCCUGGACAACGUGGCAGCUGCUCAGUACAUGACCCCCCAGGGGAACAAACCCAUCCCUCUGCUCUGAGCUUUGCACCCUUCCCCAGAUCCCAACACCUGGAAGUAAUGAGAGCUCCUCCUGCAGACACUUGGGAUGUGUCAGCUACUUACAGCAUGAGAGGCCAAAAUAAAUCAGACUGUGACUGGGAGAACCACCUUCACUUGUGGCAACCCUGAGGAAGGGGCACAGAUACUUCUGUUGUGGGGCUGGUCAGCUCUCCAGAAGGACUUGGAAGGUGUAGCAGGAACUUUCACUGGAAUGGAACCGAGCUAAAAGUAACCCAGUUAAGGGAAACACAUUUAAUCUCCCCCAUGAUCUGGUGAAGCUGGUUGGUCACCACCUUUGCAGACGCCAACAGAGUCAACGGGAUGGUCAGAACUGAGUUGGAGCCCAAAAUGGUUCACUGUGCACCUGGUGAAUCAUUUGCUCUUAAUUUGCCAAAUUCCUGUUGCUGUGGAACAAAGACCUCACCCAGUCCCUGGAGACAUUUGCACCACUAACACUUUUCUGACUUUACUGUUGUUAAUUUAUUUUUCUGAGGUAGGAAAAAAGGAGCAAAAAUACUAAAAAUGAAAAGUCAACCCCAUAGCAGACAACUGCUGUAUCUAGAUUUAAAAACAAAGUCCUCACACCUGAGGGAAGUGGUACUACUGAACUAUUAAAGUGGCUAGAAGAUUUUAGGAAUUAUGGCUAUUUUUAGGAUUUUAAAAAGAAAUAGAUUUGUUUAUAGUCUUGUGUAUUGUGCUUCUGUCUAUUCUUGUGCUAGGCAGUAUUACUAUUUGUAAAUUUAUUUAUAUUUAUUGUUAUGAAGAGAAAAGA